AUGACGGAGUCACCAUGCUUGGGGUUUGAGCCGCAAACUUACUUAAAGGAACGCUGCAAGAAAUGUUUUCGUCUACGAUCAAAUCACGAUGAAUCGACGACGGCAAUUAAGAAGAAUUCGAACACGAAUAAUCAGCCUUCAUCUAACGCUACCAAAGAACGUAGUCGAGAAAAAAGGCGAUCGUGGAAGGACAAAUUAUCGGGACAAGAUAACAGCGGUCCUGAACACACUAACGAAGAAGUUGAUGAUGAGACUACGACGACUUCAUUAUCAUAUAAAUCAGCGGUAAGCUCGAAGAAAAUUUCAAGUGCGAAGUCGAUUGAUAGUAUUUCUUCAAUUUAUGACUCAAAAAGUCUUGUAACUGCGAUUUCUGAGAGUAUCACUGAUAACGAACGGGCUGCCACACCAACGGAAAAUGAUCCGUUAUUUUCCGAUACUUCCAUCAUGAAAAGAGAGAUCGAACUUUUAAAGGAAGAAAUCUCACAGUUGAAAGAAGAACGACAAAAUUGGACAUAUCGGAGGACAAAAAAUGAGAAUGAAGAGGAUCAAACAUUUAUCGAAAUAUUAGAAGAACGACUUGCUGAAGCUGAGAAUUGUAUUCAAGACUAUCGCGACGAGAAUACCGUUUUAAAAUGUGAACUACGUGAAUUGCAGGAUCAGUAUCGCGAAGAGGAAAUCGAAGAAUUUCGCGAACUUCAACGUGAAUUAGAACAAAAUGCUAAAAAUUGCCGAAUUUUGCAAUUUAAAUUGAGAAAAGCAGAAAGAAUGAAAGAGCAAAUCGAAACUGAAAAGCAGCAUUUGAAUGCAAAGGUCAAGGUACUCAUAGCACUUUAUCAUUUAACAUCUUCCCAUUCGAUAACGGCUAGCGAAAAUUCACAAAAUUCAGAUGCGAUUCGAGUUAAGGAAUUAGAAUCUGAAUUGCGGAUCGCUAAAGAAGUUUCUAUUAGAUUACAUAAUGAACUUGAAAAUGCUGAAGACAAACGCUAUAAAUUAGAGUCCAUAUUUGGAGAAUAUAAAUAUAAUAGUGAAAAUUUUCAGAGGCGAAUUAACUCCGAUAUCUCAUUGCCGUUAAGUGAAAAUGAAAUGAGCAAGGAAAUGAGAGAUAUCCUGGAACGAGAAGCCGAUUUAAGAGAUCAACUGAAAUUUACUGAAGAUGAUUUGAAAAGGACACAGUUGCGAUUACAGAAAAGUAAAUUAGAAUGGCAACAAAUAAAAAAAAUAAAGAAUCCAUUGGAGGAUGUUGAGACCGAGAACGAAGAAUUACUAAGGAAACUUGCAAAAUUACGAAGUUCGAAAAGGCCACCAAUGAUGCGCUCUAUAAGUGAAGGGCAUGCUCAAAUUCAAUUGGAAUUGGCUGAACAAGAAGUGGAACAACUCUCGACGAAAGUCGAACGUCUGGAACAAAAGAAUAUACAUCUUUCUAAAAAACUGGUUGAAAUCGAAAUGAACGUGAGUAAACCAAUUUCGACUGAACAAACCGAACCCGGUCGUACUUCGAGUAAAAUUGCUCACUAUGAUAUUCCACCUGAAAUGCGAAAUGAUAUGAGUAAAAUGAUCGCGAAAAUCGACGAAUUACAACGAAAAAAUAUGGAAUUAAAUUUGCAACUUCAAAAUCAGGAUGAUCAUACAAAAAUUCCAGCUUCAAUUGAAAUCUGUAAGGCUAUUGCCCAGCAUUCGAAUGAAAAGCAACAAUCGCUUCUCUUUAUUAGACGCUUUAUAAGCCUUUCAUGGAUUUCAGUGAAUACGGAACUUCGAAUAGAGAAAGAGCACAAGAAAAUGAUCGAAUCCGAAUUAAACGAUUUGAAAAAAAUUAUUGUCCAGUCAGACAAUCAAAAACUUAUUUCCAUGGCUAUAAAGGUUGAAAUACUAAAUAAUCAAUUAUCACUUGCGAAUGAAAGAUGUAAUAAUUUGCAUCGGAAGAUAAUAAAUGACGGUAGCGACAAUGUUAUAUAUAUGAAUGCCCUCAAGCAAAAAUGUGAAGAAAUUGAAAAACAACUAAGCGAACAAAAAGCAAAUGCAUUAUUUAAAAAAUUCCAAGGAGAAACUGCAACUACAGAAGAGAUUGAACAAUGUUGCGAAGUUUUGGCUUCAGUUGAAGCGCAAACACAUCGAAUAUGCAAGCAAAUUGAGAAGAUUGACAAUGCUCAAAAGGAUGAACGUCGGCGUUCGUUAUCGAAAGACGGCAGUGCUGCCAUAAUAGCUGAACUAGCAAGUGUGAUGAGUGAAUUGGAUAAUGUCCAUCGCCUGCUUGAGGCACAUAAGAUAAAUAUUGCAAGUUCCAUGCGACUAUCUCCAGUCAAAAAGGUAUCGGCGUUAAGAGAAGGAGAAAUCUGCGAUCAAUGCAAGGACAAUCAAUCGCUACAAGAUGAAAUCGCAUUUUAUAAAAAGAAAAAUAAAGAUCUCACAAAUCAAAUACUACAAACAGAAGAUCGCUGGAACAUUGAAAUCGAAAAGCAACGACAAAUCUUUGAAGUUGAGAAUAAAAACUUGAAUUCAAAGCUUACUGAUACUGAAAAGGCCAUAGAGGAAUACAAGCUGUUACUUGAAUCAAGAACAGUGGCUCUUGCUGAAAAAGGUCGUAUGCUACAGGAACGAGAUGAAAGAUGUGAAAAAUUGAAGCUUGAAUUGCUCGAGCUUAAAAAAGAAAUACAGGAUAUCGAUUUGGAACGAAAAUCAGCCAAGGAGUACGAAAUUAAGUAUAAAAAAUUAGAGUCAAUGUAUGAUGUAGAUAAAGAGAAAUUCUCGCAAGAAAGAACAAAAAUGAAAACCGAAAUGUCGCUUAUGAAGAAAAAAUUGGAUGACACUUUAACGGAAAUCGAGAGGUUGAAAAAAACUUACGGAAAAAAAGAAACAAUAUGGUUGCAAGAGAAGGAAAAAUUCGAGAAUGAAUUGGCAUCGUUGCGAGAACAUAGGUCAAAGGAAGAUAACAGUGAUAAAGGUGAUGAAGGAGAAACGAUUUGUACGAUAGUGUUCGAUUCGCAAAAUGGUGCAAAAUCAAGUAGAACUGAAGAAAGUAAUGAAAAUCAUGAAAAUGCGGAGAUUAUGAAGAAACAGUUGUUGUACUACGAGAAAAAGAAUGCUGAAUUACUGGCUCAGAUUCGUAGACUUGAAUUGGAAAAAGAAGAAAGUAAGGAUGAAUUAGUGAAAAUGAAACAAAACUGGACGAGGGAUAAAGACAAUCUUUUACAUAAAGCGCGUCAAGAUGAAAAGGGACCAUUAGUUGAAGGAAAUGCUAAAUUUCCAUUAGGGAUCAGUGGAGAGGAAUAUGCAAAUUUGUUUUCGAUUCAGAUACGAAAUGUGGAAUUCGAUGCUUUACAACAAAAAUUUACUAGUAGAAUGAAAAUUAUGGAAGACACAAAUAAGUCACUGCAUUCACAGUUAGUGCAAGCUCGUCGAGAGCGCGAUUAUCAUCGUGAAGCUCUAUCGACAUAUAGAAGGCAAAUUUCUGAAGAAGAGCAACGAAUCGAAAAAAAUCUAGAGAAUCAGUCGAAUUUAGCCAGAAAAUGUUCUGAUAUGACGAAGCAAAUUACGAAUUUGGAGAAUGAGCUAAAGCAAGUGAGGAAUGAUCUUAAGCUAGCCAAGGAAACUCAUGAAAGUGAUAAAGCGUUAUGGCUUGUAGAAAGGACGCACUUCAAGGCAUCCACUGAAACGAAUGAUUAUGAUAAUGAUGAUAAAAUAAUGGAAAAGGCAUUAAAAGCAGCCGAAAAUGUCCAAAAGAAAUAUUCGGAAUAUCAGAAGUUUUAUUCGCAAGAAGUAAAUCGUCUCCAUGCAAAAAUUAAGGAAUUGACCAAUGAUAAUCUAUCGAAACAAAGCGAAACGGAAAGAAUUUCUAAAGAAGUAAAAUCCAAUUUUUAUGAUAAGAACUAUAGUAAUAAUUUAAAAUUGCUUCAUGAGCAGAUUAAAGUCUUGGAAAUAAGUCAACGAAAUUUGAUACAAGCACGCGAUUUACAAAUAAGCGCCAAGGAAACUAUAGAAAAUGAAUUGUCAAGAAUUCAAGAAAAUGUCCGACUGAAUGAACUGCACCGCCUUACAAGAAAGUACCGAAUUGCAUCCUUGAUCGACCAGCUUAAUGUGAUACUGGAAAAUCUACGUAAAAGAGGUCGAUAUGAUCAAGAAUGUUACGAUAAAAUCAAAGACUGUUUAUCACAACUGAAAAUGAUUAGAGAAGAAGAUAAUCAACUAUCGCAAUACUCAAGUUACACGCAUGAGAAUAAACCACAAACAUCGUCGAGUAAUGGUGAAAAACAAGAAUUGGUAGGCAUUGAUUCGGAUGGUGUUUCAGUAGGACCUUCGGAUAAUCUUUCUCAAUCCUCAUUAUCUGUACGAUCGUAUAAUACGCUUCCCACUUCUUACAAAUGGUCUUCUCUACAUUCAGCUAUGAUCAAUCACUCUCGAUCGACGAGCAUUGAGAAUUAUCAGAUGAAUGAAUCUCAGCCACUUGAAAAUUCGUCGCAGCAGGCGAUAAAAAAAGUUGGAAUCUAUCCAGAUCCACCGCCAAGUCUCAUUAUCAAUAAAGAAAAGAAUAUCGAAUACGAUAAAGACGGUCGUUUACGCUAUAUUCCUAGAAAUAACACUUCAAGAUCCACUUCAUGCGAAGUUGAAGAAGGAACAAAUGCAACAAUUGACACUAACACUGGGGCCGAUAUCGAUAACAAUAUCUCUAGACAGGCUCAUUCACGUAGUAACAGUGCAGGUACAAAUAUUUUAUACAAAAUACGUCGCGAAGAAUUAGCCAGGGGCGGUCAACCAUCAGUUAAAUUAAUGGCAAAGGCAUUUGAUUCGAUGCAUGAUUCAGAACCAACGAAAUCAUUUUUCAGUCUUAGAAAAUCUCGAUCAGUCGAAACUAACGAAACAUCUCGUAAUAUAGAAUCUGUUACAAGCGUAUUGCCCAGUUCCAGUAGCGCUUCGGUGACAGUACUUGGCCGAAAUACAUCAUUAAGUCAAAUAGAAGAAUUAAUGGGAAGUCAGUCACCAUACGGUAACACGAUGCCCCGUAUAAAUCGAAAUCCCUUUAAAAAUAUGGGUAACCAUUUAUAA